CUGCUGGAGCUCUUGGCAGCGGCGGCGGCGGCAGCGGCAGCUCCGGCUCCAGCUAAGCGCGCUGCGACCCUGCUCCGGAGCCCGAUCGUCGCCCCCCGCCCGGCUCCGGGCCCCCAGCGCGGUCCCCGACCCGGCCCCAGAGCCUGGCUGGCUGCCGGCCCCCAUGGAGCUGCUGGCCGCAGCCUUCAGCGCCGCCUGCGCCGUGGACCACGACAGCUCCACCUCGGAGAGCGACGCGCGCGACUCAGCGGCGGGACACCUCCCUGGCAGCGAGUCGUCCUCCACCCUGGGAAAUGAGGCCACACCCGAGGAGUGCCCGGCCCUCGACAGCCCCACCACGCUCACCGAGGCCCUGCAGAUGAUCCACCCCAUUCCCUCCGACUCCUGGAGGAACCUCAUCGAACAAAUAGGGCUCCUGUAUCAGGAAUACCGAGAUAAAUCAACUCUCCAGGAAAUUGAAACCAGGAGGCAACAGGACGCAGAAAUCCAAGACAAUGCUGAUGGGUCCCCGGCCAGUGCGGAGACCCCGGAGGAGGAUGAAGGGGAAGAGGAGGAGCCUGCAAGCCCACCGGAGAGGAAGGCUGUGCCCCAGAUAUGCCUGCUCAGUAACCCGCACUCGAGAUUCAACCUCUGGCAGGAUCUCCCGGAGAUUCGGAGCAGUGGGGUGCUGGACAUCCUCCAGCCGGAGGAGAUCAGGCUGCAGGAGGCCAUGUUUGAGCUGGUGACUUCCGAGGCCUCCUACUACAAAAGCCUGAACCUGCUCGUGUCCCACUUCAUGGAGAACGAGCGCCUGAAGAAGAUCCUGCACCCGUCCGAGGCACACAUCCUCUUCUCCAACGUGCUGGACGUCAUGGCCGUCAGUGAGCGGUUUCUCUUGGAGCUGGAGCGCAGGAUGGAGGAGAACAUCGUCAUCUCAGACGUGUGCGACAUCGUGUACCUCUACGCCGCCGACCACUUCUCCGUCUACAUCACCUACGUCAGCAACCAGACCUACCAGGAGAGGACCUACAAGCAGCUGCUCCAGGAGAAGGCAGCCUUUCGGGAGCUGAUCACGCAGCUGGAGCUGGACCCCAAGUGCAGGGGGCUGCCCCUCUCCUCCUUCCUCAUCCUGCCUUUCCAGAGGAUCACGCGCCUCAAGCUUUUGGUCCAGAACAUCCUGAAGAGGGUGGAAGAGAGGUCUGAGCGGGAAGGCACUGCCUUGGGUGCGCACAAGGAACUGGAGCUGGUGGUAAAAGCAUGCAACGAGGGCGUCAGGAAAAUGAGCCGCACGGAGCAAAUGAUUAGCAUUCAGAAGAAGAUGGAGUUUAAGAUCAAGUCGGUGCCCAUCAUCUCCCACUCCCGCUGGCUGCUGAAGCAGGGCGAGCUGCAGCAGAUGUCAGGCCCCAAGACAUCCCGGACCCUGCGGACCAAGAAGCUCUUCCGGGAAAUUUACCUCUUCCUCUUCAACGACCUGCUGGUGAUCUGCCGGCAGAUUCCGGGAGACAAGUACCAGGUUUUUGACUCCGCCCCGCGGGGCCUGCUGCGAGUGGAGGAGCUGGAGGACCAGGGCCAGACGCUGGCCAACGUCUUCAUCCUGCGGCUGCUGGAGAAUGCGGAUGACCGGGAGGCCACCUACAUGCUGAAGGCGUCCUCUCAGAGCGAGAUGAAGCGUUGGAUGACCUCGCUGGCCCCCAACCGAAGAACCAAGUUUGUUUCCUUCACGUCCCGGCUGCUGGACUGCCCCCAGGUCCAAUGUGUGCACCCGUACAUGGCCCAGCAGCCGGACGAGCUGACACUGGAUCUGGCCGACAUCCUCAACAUCCUGGACAAGACAGAGGAUGGGUGGAUCUUUGGCGAGCGUCUGCAUGACCAGGAGAGAGGCUGGUUCCCCAGCAGCAUGACUGAGGAGAUCUUGAAUCCGAAGAUUCGGUCCCAGAACCUCAAGGAGUGUUUCCGUGUCCACAAGAUGGAUGACCCUCAGCGCAGCCAGAAUAAGGACCGCAGGAAGCUGGGCAGCCGAAAUCGGCAGUGACCCCUGACCCCGGCCUGGCCAAGGGAUGUGGGUGGGCGGGAGCAGGUCGUGGCGGGCAGCCCCCAGCGGACAGCAGAGGGGCUCAGUGGGAAGGGCGGACGCUGCCGCAGGCAGCAGGGUGUGACCCGGGGUGCCUUGGCAGGAGUCGCCCCCACCCCUCACCCCUGCUACGUGGUUAGUGCUCAUGUGUCUUGGCCCCUUGCUCACAAACUGCAGAAAAGGGGCCCACGUCUCUCCUCUGCUGCAUUUGUAAACGAAAAAGUGUAUUUAAAACAGUGUUACACCACCUCUUCUUCUUGUCUCUUGGGAGGGGCAGACAGAGGACGGGCAUGCUCCAGGGCCCUUCCCAGGCACUGAGAGGCCCCAGACCCAGGGUGUCCCUGGCCAAGGGCAGGUGCAAAGGUGACGAUGUUAUGACCCCUGCACGUGUCCUCUCCCCUGGAAGCUGAUAGAAUCGGCCAGGUGCACAGAUGGACCACCCUUGCCUGAUGAGCUUGACGAGUGUCCUUUGGUCUCUGACUCAAAGGACUGAGAGCCCAACCGCCUCUGUCCACCUCCGCCCCAAGCCUCCGCCAGUCUCUGGCUGCACGGCCAGGCUUGCCUCACGGCCACCGGAGCUUGGCUGAGGGCCCACGCCGCCUUUGGCUCCCUGAUGGGCUGGAUGUAACUCGUAUCUUCUGGCCCCUUGCGGAGCCCAGGUGUUAUAAAGAAAUGGUCACUGCAUCCUGUAUGGGUUAUGGUUCCGAGAAAAGCAAAUGGCAUUUCUGGCUGCAUUAAAAGAAGCAUCAUGUAUAAA